UCUCCCUCUCUCUCCCUGUCGGACUGAAAAUAGAUCCAUCUGGGUUUGGUCGGGCAAUCAUCGCCUUUCGAUCCCACCACCAAUUUGACCAAAAUAAACGGACAACAUCGACGCCUGGCGACCGUUAACCGGAGGAUUUACCGCCAUUGUUGGCUCUCUCUCGGCCGCAUUGACUCCUAACAGCCUACACAUAUAUACACAUAUAUAUAUAUAUAUAUAUUUUAUUUUUUAAUUUGGUUUUCCUCCGCCUGAAGUAAUGUCUGUCGCGGGGUUGAAGAAGCAGUUUCAUAAAGCCACACAGAAAGUCAGCGAAAAGGUUGGAGGUGCAGAAGGAACCAAGCUAGAUGAUGACUUCAAAGAAAUGGAAAAGAAGGUGGACGUCACCAGCAGAGCAGUGUUGGACAUCAUGACCAGAACUACAGAAUACCUACAACCCAAUCCAGCAUCCAGAGCCAAGCUGAGUAUGAUCAACACCAUGUCAAAGAUCCGCGGGCAGGACAAGGGACCUGGUUACCCACAAGCUGAGACCGUCCUGGGCGACGCCAUGUUGAAGUUUGGACGGGAGUUAGGGGAGGAGUCCAGCUUCGGUUUGGCGCUCAUCGAUGCCAGCGAGGCGAUGAAGGAGCUCGGGGAGGUGAAGGACGCUCUGGACAUGGAGGUCAAACAGAACUUCAUCGACCCGCUGCAGAACCUCCACGACAAAGACCUCAAGGAGAUCCAGCACCAUUUGAAGAAGAUGGAGGGCCGCCGUCUGGACUUUGACUACAAGAAGAAGCGUCAGGGCAAAGUCCAGGACGAAGAAAUCAAACAGGCGCUGGAGAAGUUCGACGAGAGCAAAGAGAUCGCAGAACAGAGCAUGUUUAACCUACUGGAGAGCGAUAUAGAGCAGGUGAGCCAGCUGGCAGCGUUGGUUCAAGCUCAGUUGGAGUACCACAGUCGCGCUGCUGAAAUCCUCCAACAGCUCUCCAGCAAGAUGGAGGACAGGAUAAAAGAAGUGUCCAGUAAACCCAGGAAGGAGUACACUCCUAAACCCAGAAUGACCCUGGAGCUGCUGCCCCCCAGCGAGAGCCACAACGGGGGGAUCCACUCUGCCAAAUCGCCUGGACGAUCACCAGCCCCCAUGGACCAGCCCUGCUGCCGAGCACUUUACGACUUCGAACCAGAGAACGAAGGCGAGCUGGGAUUCAAAGAGGGCGACGUCAUCACCCUGACCAAUCAGAUUGACGAUAACUGGUACGAAGGCAUGAUUAACGGCCAGUCGGGCUUCUUCCCCAUCAACUACGUGGAUAUCCUGGUGCCGCUCCCUCAUUAGGUCCCGCCAAUGACCUGACCCUUCCCCCCGACCAAUCCAGACACCCCGAAAACAGCCUGUAUUUGCGUAAACAACAAACCACGCCCUCCUUGUACUUCUUCUUCUUCUUCUGUGCUUCUGUGCGAUUCUGCUUUCACAAAACGGACUGAAAUGACUGCAACGGAGACGGGGUGGAUGAGACGAGGCAAUUAAGAUUAGAGGAGAAUUAAGAUGGAGGAUUUUAGCGCGAGAGAUGCAGAAGAGAGAGAUUGAGAGAGACGAGAAGACGAAGAGAUGAUGACCUUUUCCAGCACAGUGCUCACUCAGUCGUGCUCCGCUUAGCCGGGCAGCACUGGAUACCAAUGAGGCUUUGGAGACUUAUCAAUAAAGCACGGUGUAUAUGUA